AUGACUUCGCAAACACAACUUCGAAUUAUAACCAAACCAAUGCCUAAAGUUAGAGCUAAAAUAGGCACAAUUCUUCACUGCUACCUGCUACUGCUCUUCAUCGCACUUUGGACUGUCACGUGUCAAGCUGAGUACUUCUCAUCAACCGACACCCUACCAGUGCUGGCAAUCGCAGAGGAAGAUUUAAUACAAUGGUUUAGGCAUUUGCUCGAUUCUCAGGCGCAGGAUUUUGCUGUCUAUCGCGAUUUCAUAGAGAGAGUAAAGGAGAAGCAUGCACUGGCGCUUGAGGAUCCAGAAGCCUAUUUGGGUAACCCUAUAAAUGCUUACAAAUUAAUUAAACGAACUGUAGUGGACUGGGCUAUAAUAACGGAAAAUGUAGGGUACAACAAAGGCCUGAAAGCACUCAAGGCAAACCUGACAACGCUGACUGCGGAAACAUCUUUUCCUGAGUUAAGUGAACUACGCGGUGCGGCUAAAGGUUUGGGGCGUCUGCAGAUCAUGUAUAAUUUAAGUGCGACUGAUUUGGCAGAUGGCAUUAUCAAUGGCGUUAAUUACAAUUCCGAACUCUCUAUCGACGAGUGCUUUGAAAUCGGAAGCAAUCUUUUCGAAGCUAAGGAAUAUAUUUUAGCAAAAGAAUGGCUACAGUUAGUAUUGAAGCUGCUAAAGAUUGGUGAAAAUGCGAGUAUUCAGACUUCAGAAAAGGAUUUUGUUGGUGAAGAGUACACAGAUGAUAAACUAAUGCAAGCAGAAAAUGAAAUGAGUGAAAUGUUUUCAAAUCUGCAAAGUAAUGCUGACGAUUUUGACGACAACAAUGAAAAUGAUAUCGGCGAACACUUGGCAUUUUACGAAUUGGAUGAAGAAGGUAAUAUAAUUAAUGAAAGUGAUAAUGAAAGAAGCGACAACCAUGAAGAAAAACCAACUGCGCCCAAGCAAGAUUCGAAAGCAAAGAAAAUAUUAAUCGAAACACUGGAAUAUUUGACACUCGCCAACUUUGAGUUGGAUCAACAAGAUGAAAUGCAAGUUUACCUUAACAAAAUCUUGGAAAUAAAUCCAGAACAUGUUUUCAAAGAUCUACUAGUUUACAAGCAUACUAAAGAGCCACAAAAUCAAACUGAUUCCGAAAGUUUCAGUGUUUUGCAAAAGCAGGAAUGGUUUGCGAACUACUCACGUUUGUGUCAAGGUAAACAAGUGGAGCAAAGGGAACUGCAUCAACUCAAGUGUACAUUAGAUACUCGAAAUCACCCACUAUUCAUAUUGGCACCCUUGCGAAAGGAGGCAUUGCUUGCAGAUCCCGAAAUUGUCGUGUAUCAUGGACUGCUAAGCGAUAAACACCUUGAUGAUAUACUUGAACAGUCCGAAGCACAUAUGGUGCGUUCAUGUGUUGGCGGUGCAAAUAUACAUUUGGUUCGUGAUGAACGCGUCAGCCAACAAGCUUGGCUAUCAUAUAAUAGUUCAACUACAAAAUACAUCUAUCGUACGGUAUCGGCUAUAACUGGUUUCGACUUAACUAAUGCGGAAUAUAUGCAGGUGGCAAAUUAUGGCAUCGGCGGACAGUACGAUCCGCAUCGCGACUACUUCGACGUACAAGAUCCCUCUGCAGAAGGUCUCCCAUGGAUAGGAAAUCGCAUAGGAACUCAUUUAUUCUUUGCUUCUGACGUCGAGCAGGGCGGUUAUACCGUGUUUCCUCUCUUGAAUGUUUAUGCAAAACCCGUUAAGGGUUCGAUGGUUAUGUGGCGUAACUUGCAUAAGUCUCUGGACCUUGACAAACGUACUCUGCAUGCCGGCUGCCCUGUAAUCAAGGGCACCAAGCGAAUUUGUAACAUUUGGGUACAUUCUGGUUAUCAGGAAUUCAGUCAUCCCUGUGGUUUAGUGAAUGACUACUACAAAUCGGCUCAUAUAUGA